GUACCGCGCCGCAUCCCAUCCCCGUACCACAUCCCAUCCCAGCGCCGGUCGGCGACCAAGAUGGAGGUCUGCGGCGGCCCGGGACCUCUAGCCCGCGCCCCCCUCUGGAUCAGCCGCGCCCCCCUCUGGAUCAGCCGCGCCCUGACCCCCUGGAUCCACGUCCCCCUAUGCCAUGCCCCUCCGUCCUCCUGUACACCCCCUCUUUCUGCACCAUGCUUGACAGAGCUGCAGCUCCUCUGCUUCUCUACUCCAUGUCCGCUCCCUGUAUGAAUUCUUCUACUCUUCCAGCAUGGCCAUAGCCUACCUCCUCUUCUCCUCCUCCCUCCAUAUCCCUCUCUGAUUAGCUAAUUUUAUAAUGUUUACAUCAGAUGUUAGUACCAAAGUUCAGCCAUUAAAAUAUUUUUGCCGAGAUGUCUGAUUUCAUAAUCAAGAGAAUGUAGACAAGUGUUCAGUAUGGGUAUUAAGUUUCCUGCCAUGUCUCAUAAAGUUUAUUGUUUCGAAUUUGAGAGUACGUGUUGUUUGUUAAUUCCAAAGUUUGUCAUCCAAACAUGAUCUGGUAUUGAAAUCUCGGAGGCAUUUCAAGGGCCAAUUCACUGGACAACCAAACAGCCAUGCUUGGCCAUCUCCGGCGAUCCUCCGGCAUUCUGCGCCGCCUACCGAUCGCCAGCUUCGCUCCCUCCGACCCUGCCACUGCAUACUCGGGAUGGAGUUUACACGCCGAGUCACUCUCGUUUGUUUCAUGUUGGUGCGGCAAGCAUGCUACCAGGAAUUUCUCUACAGAUGAUAAAGUUACCAAUGGUCGUCGAGGGUAUCGGCAAAAGGAGUUGAAGAAGCCAAGUACGGCCGUGAAGGAUAAUGAUGCAAUCAUUGAUCGCAUACAAAAGAGCACAAGGGGGUUGAAAAAAGGGCCGGUUGGGCACACCCUUUCAUCAGCAGAAAAAAGGAAAUUCCUUACCAACACUCUUCUUGAUCUUGAAGACUCAAAAGAAGCUGUUUACAGCACCCUUGAUGCAUGGAUCGCCUUUGAGCAGGACUUUCCACUCGCCUCAUUAAAGCAAGCAAUUGUAGCUCUUGAAAAGGAGGAACAAUGGCAUAGAAUUGUCCAAGUAAUAAAAUGGAUGUUGAGCAAAGGGCAAGGAAAUACCAUCAGAACAUACGAGCAAUUAGUGCGUGCACUUGAGAAGGACAACAGAGCAGAGGAAGCACAUAAAAUUUGGGAGAAGAAAAUAGCCCAUGACCUGCAUUCAGUUCCUUGGCGUUUCUGCGGUCUUAUGUUGGCAAUUUACUACAGAAACAAUAUGCUAGAUAGGCUUAUCAAGCUUUUCGGUGCCCUUGAAGCAUGUGGUCGCAAGUGUCCUAGUAAAGAAUAUAUACGGAAAGUUGAAGUUGCAUAUGAAAUGCUUGGUCUAUUAGAAGAGAAGAAGGAUUUGCUUGAAAAGUACAAGGAUUUGUACAAUAAGCCAUCAAAUAGUGAUAGAAAGAAAGAUCGACGGUUCAAGAAGGCUGAGAAGAAAGCUGCUGAUGAUGGCAGCAAACAAUUGGAGAUGGAAACAUCUGAAAACUUACCAGUUAAUUCAUGCCCUUCAGAUAAGGAACUGGUUGCCAGCAGUGUCAAGAUAAGAAAUACAACACCGAUGGUGAGAUCAGUAUCAGACAAGAACGUGAUGCAGCUAGUAAUCUGUACCAGUAACACUUACUGGGCCAGCCAAUAGUCCAUUACUAAUAGGAAACAGCAUGAACAUUGGAACCCCCUUAUUCUUCCAUAAAUCAUUGAAGUGCGGUGACUUUCAUGUUGCCUUGGACAAAUAUUUCCCAGCGUUAUCGUUGGCCAAAAAAGUUGUAAUGUCUGAAUAUUGGAACAAGUGGGCGCAUAGCUGUAGUCAACCAAGGGUUUACAUGAGGAAACCAGUACUUUACCUCAUGUACUCAGUGUGAGAAUUGUUGUGCUGACAUUUCUGUUUUCACACUAGAAAGCCAAAUUCCUGUUAUC